AUGGAUCCCAAAACCGCCGAAUCAUUCCCGGCUCAGAAGCAUCACCAGCACUCUCUUGGGGGCCUUAUUACCGCCGCGAGUGUGGCAGAAAACUCUUUACAUCACAUAAACGGAGUUAUUCUCUCAAGCCCAGCUCUGACUGAAGGUCUGCCGUUGCCUGCAGAGUAUCUGGUUCAUCUUCUCGCCUACUUUAUGCCCACCACGCAAAUCCCCACACCAAAGGCUUCUGCCCAUGAUUUGUGCAGUGAUCCUGAGCAAGCACGUCUAGCUGCCAAAGAUGAAUCCAAGUACAAAGGCCAAAUCUCAUUCUUAGUCGCAUCCACCGCUCUGCGGGUGGCAAGGAGAUUAUGGGCAAGGUGUGGGCAAUGGACUCAGCCAACGCUCGUCAUCCACGGCACCAGUUAUUCGCACGCCCAGUUUCGGCUAAGUGAAUGCCUGGUACGGGAUAUUGCAUCGACGGACAAGACUUUGCACCCUGUGGAAGGGGGAUAUCACGAACUUCUGAACGAAGAAAGGCCUGAAGAGAUUAUCAAGCUCUUGUUCGACUGGUUGGAGAGUCACAUGUAA